AGUUAUUUUUUAAUCAGUGAUAUUUUUGUGUGAAGCCACUGAGUUGCUACUCUAAUACAAAAUGAGAAAUAUUUAUAUUCGUCAGUAUAUAGUGGUGUUUGCAAUAAACUUAAACUGCAUCAGCUUUGGUAUGGGAACAAGUUGGCCAUCUCCAGUGCUGGUGAAGCUAGCUGACGACACAGAAACCAUACUUACCAAGCCUUUAGAGCAAGACGAAGGAUCUUGGAUUGUUUCCAUCUCUUUCCUUACUGGGGCAUUGGGGUUCAUGGUGUCGACCGCUUUAGUGGACUUUGUGGGUCGAAAGCAAUGCGUGAUCCUGUCAAGCGCCGCCAGGUUGGCAGCAGCUCUUCUGUUCCUAUUCGCGAGUGAAGUGUGGAUGCUCAUAUUCGGCAGGGCCAUAGUCGGGCUUUCAGAAGGCAUCUUAUUGAGUGUAAUACCAGUUUACGCCUCAGAAAUUGCCAGCAAGGACAUACGUGGAGCUUUAGGAGUGAUGCUACAAAUAUUCAGUUCCAUCGGCUCUGUGAUCAUGCUCAGCGUUGGACCCUUCAUCUCAUAUUUCUAUCUGAAUCUCAUGUUCACCCUGAUCUCUCUCGUGACCAGCGUACCUACUGUGUUCCUGCCUGACAGCCCGAACUUCCUAUAUUCUAAAGGCAGAGAAGAAGAAUCUAAAACAGUUCUCAUAUUUUUAAGGGGGUCUGAGCUCAUCGCUGAUCAAGAACUAAAGGAAUACGCCAGAAACAGAAAUGCGGAAAAAACAACUUUACCGGCGAUAUUUCGUGACAAAAUGUUUCAGAAAAGCCUUGGAAAAUCUGGAUUCAUGUCGAUGAACCUGGUCUUUGUUGGAUUCAACUGCGUUAUGAUGUAUCUUCAGACGAUUUUGGACGCAACUCAAACAAAUAUUAGAUCUGAAGUGGCGUCUGGCAUCAUCGGUGCUAUAAACCUUUUAGCUAGUAUUUCGACACUGUUGACUACAGACAGGUUUGGGAGAAGACCUAUUUUAAUAUCAACGUUGCUUGGACUAAUUGUGGGAAUGGUCGGUUUAGGGGUAUUUUUUAAGGUGACUGGAAUGGGAGCGGAAGUGUCCGGGUUUUUGAACUACCUCCCACUAAUAUCUUUAAUUCUAGUGGUUUUUUGCUACAGCGGUGGUCUCGGAUCGUUAAUAUGGGUUGUCAUAGCGGAGCUCUUCGAUGACCGUUCCCGUGGAGUCGGUAUGGCGACCACGCUCCUAUUGGGAGCCGUGCCUCUCUUCCUGGUGCUGAGAUAUUUCGCGCCCCUGACCGAUAUUUGGGGACCGGCGCCGAUUUUCUGGGCGUUUGCUGGGUUCUGUGCCGUGAUGGUGACGUUUGUGGCAUUUAGAUUGCCGGAAACAAAAGGGAAAAGUUUUGCGGAGAUACAGCAAGAGUUGGGCAAUUGAUAUUUUAACAAAUCCACAGCUUACUUGUCAACUUUUAGUGACAAGUAGCGUUGAAUCAUGAGAAUUCGUAUGAUUAAUCGAACUGUAGAAUACUGCCUUGAAUUUGUCAUUUAACGAUACAAGAAGGAAGUGAAAACUAUGAAUUCAAUAAAUAUAAUUAUGUAUUGUU